AUGGCCGUUGUAAACGGCCAAUCACAAUAUCAACUCGAUCGCGAAGGCCUCGAGUUAGGUCACCAACAAGAUGGCAUCAUCAUCUCUGUGAAUAGGAAAUCCCUUCCACCAUCACCACCGCCCCCGCUACCUCUGGUCACUCCAUCUGGAUCACCUCCGCCACCCUCAGGCUCUCCGCCGCCGAGCAUACCUCCUUCCGAUGACGAUGAUUCUGAGAAGAAUGCAGACGAAAUAUGUCUGGAUGAUCGUGAUAAGGAAUACUCGUCGGAAUCAUCCUCCACCAACAGUUCCGGUUUCAUGACCCCAACAGCUGCUGAGCACCAUACUUCGAAUGGGCCCGUACUGGUCAGCCAAUCCCAACAGUCACUUUCCCAUACUUCUAUGCCCGCACCCCCGCGUCGAUCAAAAUCUACCGGGAUCCUCAAUUACCCAGCUGAAAAUAGUCGCUCUCGGGCCACCUCUCUUCCAGGGGGUGGUGCUUGUGGAGAUCUGUUAGAGGAACAUCUUCAUUCAGCUUUCUGUUCUUCAUCGUCCCUCAAUGUAAAGUUCGCACCACUUCCACAACUUGCUCCUAGGAGACGAAAGUCGAACGUCCCGUUGGGUGUUGCUGCCAGGGGACAAAUAAUGCGGAAAAGACGACAGAUGAUGAUGAACGGGGACUAUCAGUAUCGUGGUCCUGUUCAAGUACAACCGAACCUGUACGGAGACAUAGUCGAAGCUGAAGAAAAUGAAUUGGCGGCUGCUCAAGCCAGGGCAAGGCAUCCAGGGGGCUAUGGGGUUGAUGAGGAUGGGGAGGAGAUGGAGGAUCCGUUUGUGGCUAUUGGGAGAAUGUUCAAGGGAGCGUGGAAGAAGAUGAGAGAUAAAGGGAAGAAUGGGAAGGAGAAAGAGGUUCCAGGGAAUGAUGAAGGGAGGGAGGAUGAGGAUGUCCUUGGGGGAGAGAAGGGUAGCUUGGCUAUUGAAGAGGCACCGUCACUGCCUGUGCAACCUGCGACGCCUGCGAACACGGACUCGAGGUCAGAUGCCCAACAAAAUGAAGUGGGAGAGGAAACCCCGGUAACCGGUGAAGCUACCACUCCCAAUGAGCUCACGGCCUUGAAUACAACGCCGGACACAAACACCACUCCUCGGAGACAAGACCCAUAG